CAGAGCAUUUGGCGAAGCUCACAACAUCACAUUCACAGCUCAAAACACAAGAAGCAAUGAGUUCUUUCAGUGUUUUCACAGUGAAAGUAACACUUUUCUGUGUGGUGGUUUUGCUUGCAGCAUCACAACCCUUCUCAAAUGCACAGCUUGAUAACUCUUUUUACAGAGACACAUGUCCGAGGGUGCAUUCUAUUGUUCGUGAGGUUCUCAGAAAUGUUUCAAAAUCUGAUCCUCGUAUUCUCGCCAGUCUCAUAAGACUUCACUUCCAUGAUUGCUUUGUUCAGGGUUGUGAUGCAUCAGUUCUUUUGAACAGCACUGAUACCAUCGUGAGUGAACAAACAGCAGCGCCGAAUAACAACAGCUUAAGAGGUUUGGACGUUGUGAAUCAGAUCAAGACAGCAGUAGAAAAUGCUUGCCCUGGCAUUGUUUCUUGUGCUGAUAUUCUUGCUCUUGCAGCUGAGAUAUCUUCUGUUCUGGCUCAUGGUCCCGAUUGGAAAGUUCCUCUGGGAAGAAGAGACAGUUUAAACGCAAGUUUUGAUCUUGCCAAUCAAAAUCUUCCUGGUCCUAAUUUCUCCCUCGACCAACUGAAAUCUGCAUUUGAAAGACAAAACCUUAACACAACCGAUCUAGUUGCACUUUCAGGUGCUCAUACAAUUGGCAGAGCUCAAUGCAGAUUUUUUGUGAAUAGAUUAUACGAUUUCAACAGCACUGGAAACCCUGACCCAACUCUUAACACAACCCUGUUACAAGCACUUCGAGCAAUUUGCCCCAAUGGUGGACCUGGAACCAAUCUCACAAACUUGGACCUAAGCACACCUGAUAGACUUGACUCUAACUACUACUCCAAUCUUCAACUUCAAAAUGGCUUGCUUCGAAGUGAUCAGGAGUUGUUUUCCACCAUUGGUGCAGAUACCAUUCCCAUCGUCAACAGCUUCAGCAGUAACCAGACUCUUUUCUACGAAAAUUUUAAGGCUUCAAUGAUAAAAAUGAGUACCAUACAAGUGCUCACAGGAACACAGGGAGAGAUUCGAGCACAUUGUAACUUUGUCAAUGGAAACUCAGCUACUUUAACUACUCUACCCACCCAACAAUCUUCAGAAGAUGGUGUUGUCAGCUCUAUCUAAAAACAUGAACGAGGAAUGUUGUAGUAAAUGCGACGCAGUGGUCAUUAAUAAAAGGUUUUACAGGAACAUACAUGUGUGUGGUAGUGUUGUGUUGUAGCAACCUUUGUAUUUUGUACUAGCUAUGCAUAAUAUCCACUUAUGAGAAUUGGUUUGUUUGGUCUCUGCUAAUUUAAUAUCUUUAAGGUAGUAA